AUGUGUGUUAAACUAUCUUUCAUGGCAUAUGAGAAUCGUUAUAAUUUUUUUAUCAAUUAAUUUAGUAAAACUUCAUAAUACUCCUAAAAUUGAUGGAAUAACCACUAUAAAAUCGUUAUUUUCUUGAAAAACGGAAACAUCAAAGAUUCCAAACCUCUUUGAACAUUAUUAAAUGUCAGUUCAUAAUGCAAUUAUAUAUUAAAACAAUAUUGUCAUAUUUUUUGAAUUUUUUUUCAAAAUCUAUGUGAUGCUUUUAUAGUCCAAAAAGAUUUUCACUUUAUGUUUUUAGUCAUCUCCAAAUCAUAACAUCAAAAGCUACGUCAAAUUCUUACUUCGUGUGUCCUAAAUACAUUUAAUCAUCGAUUCUGCUUUUAGACCAUCAACCUCUAGUGAUCUCUUGGCCAAUAAAUUGCUAUUUUCCCGAAAUUGGGUCCAGUUUUCUGUUCUCAUCCAUAUUUGUUUGUCUGUGUUUAGUUCUUGUUUUUAAAAAAGCAAUAACAAAAAGUUCAAAUUCCGAAUUUGUGAAAUAUCAUAAAAUUGAAAUGUAAUUUUAAUAAUUUGCUUUGAACUCUCCCUAAAAAAUCUCUUGGUGUGAAUGAUAAAAUUCACAAAUGUUUCAAUAACGUCGUACUGAAAGAUGAAAAAUGUUACGUCACCAUUCAUUUGAUAAAUUAUUUGUGAUUCUAUAUAAUGACGUAAUAAGUUGUUUUUUUUUUCUGGUUGAACGUACAUUAUCAGAUUUUAAGAACAAAAAGGUAAAAAAAUUUAAUACUCAACAAAACAACACAACCAAAUUUAGAUUUAAAAAAAUUCUAAAGAUUCCUUCCAAAGUAGUCAAAGAUGCAGAAGAAGAUUAAAAGAAUAUAGUAAUAUUAGGUUGUGUGGUUCAAUGUACUUACUUAUCUCUAACCACAAAAUCUUUAAAAGAGAAGAAAAGUGAAUUAAGAAGUUAAUCGAAAUUGUUUGUCUGAAUAAGUAAGUGCUACAACAGAUUAAGACGUAAAUCAUAAGUAUUAAACAACAUACAUUAAAGUGAGCUCAUGAGUCAUAAAGAACCUAAAAACGAAACUAAAAAGAAAUGUUUUAUUUCGUAAAACAAAACAUUAAGUGCUGAAAGCCUGAAAAGUAAAAAUAAAAACGGAAAAAAGUCCCCGAGUGCAGACAAAACGAAGCUGAACUCAGUGGGAGAAGAGAUAGAAAGCUAAGGGAAGAAGAGGACGAUGAUGAUUUCCCGGAGACCCGUUUCGAGUCCGGGUCAAGUCGAGAAGUAUCCGCCGCCUUUCAUGGGGUUCUUGAAGAGCAACAGCAACGGCGGGAGCAGAAGCAGAAGCCGAAGCAAAGGAAGGUCCCGCGCGAGCCCUCUCUUCGUUCGCCGGAACAAAUCCGCGGCAGCCGCGGUGAGUCAAGAGCCAUCGUCUCCGAAAGUCACUUGCAUGGGUCAGGUCCGAGUCAAGCGAUCGAAGCCCAAAAUUCAACCCGAGUCUCGCGAAAACCCGACCCGAAAACGAUGCGAGUGGAUCCGCAACGGUCUCGCUGGGAAAAUCAAAACGUCGUCGUUUUGGCCGAAAUGGAAACUGUUCACGUUUCCGUGUUCUCGCCGGAAAGAGAAAGAUUCUCCGGUAAAUCAAUUUAAUCGUCCGGUGACGGAAUCAUCUGUAGAAGUUGCAGAGCUAAACGAAGACGAGGAGGAAGAAAAUUUCAAAAUCCCUAAAUUAAUCACGUCGCCGGCUUCCUCCGCCACGCCGCCGAUAAACGCUCUUUUGCUGACCAGAAGCAGAUCCGCGCCGUACAGUUCGUCUUCGCUGGCUUUCAGAUUCUGGGAAGAAAACAACGAGCGAGAAGCAGAAUCGCGAAUCGAGAGAGAGCGAAAUGUUAGAUCGGAAGUUGCCGUCGGAGCCACCGGGAAAAUGAACGGGGUUAACGAGCCGGAAGCGAACAUUGGCGGGGAUGAGUUAGGGAUUGUGCGGCGGCGGGAGCUGACAAGGAGCAAAUCGGCCCCGGCGAGGAUCGGGGAGAAGAGUGUGCUUCUGGAUGAAGAAGAAGGUUAGGCAGGGUUUAGGUCUGUCACGUGAUUAGUCACUCCACUUGACUAAUUCUUUAAUUAAUUGUUAGCUUUCACUGAUUAGGAUAAAUGUGACUGUGUUAGUAUAAAGUUGUUUAUGCACUUGUGAUUUAUUUGUAUAUGAAACCAAUUGUAAAGUUGAUUUGUAUCCAUACAUAUAGCGUAAGGCUUAGCUACAUCUGCUACAACAAAAUGUUAACAAUGCAUUUACAAAUAUCCUAUCAAAUUUCUAAUUUUAUAUUCUGUGUGUGUGUUUUUUGACCCAAAAAAUGUUACCUAUGUUUAUUUUCACUUUAUUCAUAUCCCACUUGAUUCCAGCACUCAAACAAAACAUAACUUUUUAGAGUUUCUACAUAUCAAUCAAAACAUUUUACAAUUACAAACUCAUUUUUUUCUUGCAAAAUAAAACAAAAUUUUAAAAUAGGAAGUCUCUAAUGUGUUUUUUAAAAAGAAACAAAAUAUAGCAUUUUUCCUAUAUUCAAAAAAGUCCAAGUAAAGCUUCUUCUAGCUUUAACAACAAAGCAUCUUCAGGCCCAACUUAUAGAUGGACUUACAUAUUGUAAGGCCUUUAGUUAACUUCUUGGGACCAAUAUCGAAGACCCAACCUGUAACUUCAGACUACCACUACGUGACAGAAAAUACAAGAAAACAUAAAAGAGUUAUCGAGGAAAAGGAUUGGGUGGGUGUGAAAAUGAAAGGAGACGCCUAAGCAAACACAGCCAUGAUAUAGCUGUAGAGAUAAAUAUGGACCCAUUACAAUUUAUGGUUUUAUGAAGACGAACCACGAAGAUUUUAGACAGAAUCAUUUAUGGAGUUCUCUAACACAUACACAUCUUUAAAUGUAUAUAAUAAAAAAAAUAUUUCAAUUGGACAUCCCCCAAUACAGAGACACCCUCUCACCUAAUUUUUUUUAUUCAACUUUUUUGAUUUGUGAUUUCCUUAGAACUCCCUUUGAAUUAUAAAUCUCCAAUCGUCAAACAUAUACAUUGUAACGUACGGAUGUACUUGAGUUAUAUAAAAUAUAUUUCAAUUUGACGAUAUAAUAAAAACUUAAAAGCUAUAUGUAUAUGGAUGUUUGAUGGUUUUUGGAGUCAACUUUCGUACACAAGGGUAUAGUGUUUUCUUUUUGGUCAAUUUUCUACGCAUCUACUUUCUACAAAAUCAGAUAGUAUUGUAACACAAAUAUUACUUUAUUUUUCUUGUGUGUAUAUGUUUAUACAUAGCUUCUUUGAAUAAUGUAUAACCGACUAGCAAAAUAUUUAGUAACACUAUAUUAUCCUGCUUUUACAAAAUGUAAGCGUCACUUUAUCAUAUAUACAUGCAUAAACGUGAAACCAAAGAAAAACGGGAGAAAAGUUCAGGUCUGCUAUUUUAUUCAGUUACUCGAAUUCAUGAAGCUACUCACUCUCUGCUUGCAUAUAUUGUAAAUAAAUACAUGGCAUUGAUAUAUAUUUCAUUCUGAACACAUAUGUUAAUGAGGAGAUUAACAAUAUUGGUAGUCUUAAUAUACUUGGGGGGGGGGGGGGGGGGGAGGGGGUGCACGAUCGAUCCAUUGGCCGACUUGAAAUAAAUGGAAAGGUAGAGAGUACAGAGAUGUACAGUUGUAAGAAGUGGGGAUAUAUGAAGCAUUAACAUUAACAUCUUCUCAUUUAUUUAUUUUUUUCAUUAAUCUCAAUAAAAAAAUUUUGAGCAAAUAAUCUCAAUAAUUUAUAUCAACUUCAUACCAGCCAUAUCUCCAAUCAAUUAAUAAUGUUUAUAUGUACGUAUUCUUAAAUAUGUAUUUCUGCAUAUAAGUUAAUUGUGCAUGAAAUGAACAUAUCAAUUUUCCAACGAUGAAAUCAAUGGUUUGGUUAGUUUAUACGUUCAACGUUAAUUACUGUUGAUACUGGAAAAGGUGUUUUUUUCAAUAUGCAAUGGUCUUAUAAUACAGUAUAUAGUAAAAAAAAAACUAUUAGAGGCCAUCAUCGAAUAUUGCUAAGGUAUAGUUCACUAAAUGCAACAGAAAUAGAAUGAAUAGAUUGGAACACGAGUUCAGCUUGGAAGCCAUGAGAUUGAAAGCUAACAUUGUCUUGCCCACAUGAACUUGUCUUUUUUUGUUUCUAUUUUUAUGCUAUUCUCCAUAUUAAUAUAUAUGGACGUGAAAAUUAAUUUAUAACGUCAGCUUCUUUUUUUCACCGUCCAUAAUUCACUGCCUAUGUAUACGGACACAGUCAGAAGUCAGGGCAGGAUGACACUGAACAAGCAUUUGAAGUAGUUGAUACAAAUCUUUUAUGUAAAUUUAAUUCACACACACAUAUAUAUAUACAACUACUUAAGUUAUUUUUUAGCAAACAAAUCUAAUGAAGUUUACGGGGAAAACAGAAUAAUUGGAAAAUAAGAAAGAAAAAAAUACAAGUUAUGACAUUUUUCCAAUAAAAUAUAAAAUGAAAACAUGACACGUGGGUUUUCAAGUCCAUUCUAUUAUAAAUCAGGCCAUCAUGUAUCCGAAAUACUACCAUUCAAAACAAAACCAUUGAUUGGAUUCAUUUGAAAAGAGCAUAAGAUCUGAGAAAGAAAGAAAGAAAGAAAGAAAAAACACUCAAAAGUUCAUAACUAUUUAUAAACAGUUAAAAAUGAAGUCGAUCGUCGUGAUCCUCCUUACGUACCUUCUCCUUGUUGCGCCUUGCUUCGCUAUCGGAUCGGAGAACACGAAUUCGGAUGUGUACGAGAUCGAUUACAGGGGUCCGGAGACACAUAACUCUAGACCUCCACCAGAGACUUUACAUGGCAAGCGACCGUUCAUCCACCAUAAAACCUCCGCCGCUGGAUCCGCCGGCGCUCAUGUUGGAGGACAGAACUAGAGAGAGAUUUUUCUAAAGAAGAGGAGAGGGACUCGGAAGCUGUAAGUGAAAGUGGAAGUAUAUGAGUGUGCGAUAAGGUUAAUGAUGCGGGUACAUAAUUAUUUAUACAAUACAUAUGAUCAUCAAUGUUAUCAUGUCCGGUAUUUUAUUCAUGUACCGUUCUAUAUAUCUUUAUUAUUAUUUUUUUUUUUUUGGGUCUGAAUCUCUUGGAAGAAAGUUCAAAAUUAAUUCCGGGUAAUGUGUCGCCAUAUGAAUAUCAGUGUCAUUCUCAGAUCUUUGAAUCAUUGUCUGUUCGGUUGGGGCUUAUCUUGGGCUAAAAAUUAUGGAUAAAUAUGAGAAAACGAUAUGUAAUAUAUAUAAAUAUUUUAGUUUUUAUAUAUAUUAAAUGUCUUA